GGCAAUACCGGCGAGUGUCAGAUAUCCCAUCUGACCACAGUUACGGCCCAUUAUAGUGGCUGACCCGUCAAGCCGUCGGACGGUACGAAUACGCAUUGUAAUCUUCCAUCGUAUAAAGGUCUCGCCGUCCAGGUAUUCCUCGAUUUCAGAAGACGUACCUUCUUGUAUGAGCUGAAAACCAUGGCUACAGUUAUUGAAGGCAGUAUUAUGCCCUCCGUUGAGAACGGAACCAAUCUCGGACAGCAUGGCACUACCAGCCAGGGCAAUGGCCUCCUGGCCAGCUAUCUUGCAGACCUGAGUGGCUUCCAGUUAUUCGUCACAGUCUUGUUCAUGCUUAUUGUCUACGAUCAAGUUCUUUACAUUGUACGGAAGGGAUCAAUAGCUGGUCCCAGGUUCAAAAUUCCGUUCAUGGGGCCUUUUAUCCAAGCCCUCCACCCAAAUUUCGAAGAGUAUCUCGCUCAAUGGGCUAGCGGUCCCCUCAGCUGCGUUUCUGUAUUCCACAAAUUUGUUGUUCUAGCUUCCGACCGUGACCUCGCACACAAAGUCUUCAGAUCGCCGACAUACGCCAAGCCAUGUAUUGUACCGAUCGCGACCGAAAUUAUGGGCUCAUCUGCAUGGGUGUUCCUCAUGGGCAAGGCCCAUACCGAGUACCGCAGAGGAUUGACUGGUCUCUUCACAAACAAAGCUCUCAGCACCUACCUACCUGUUCAGGAGAAGGUCUAUGCUGAUUAUUUCGACAAGUUCGUCGCCGCUAGCGAAGCCAACGGAGGAAAGCCCAUGCCAUUUAUGGGUUUCUUCAGAGAGAUCAACUGCGCCUUGUCGUGCCGGACAUUCUUCGGCGAUUACAUCUCCCAGGACGCUGUCAAGAAAAUCGCCGACGAUUUCUACCUCGUCACGGCCGCUCUCGAACUUGUCAACGUUCCCUUUUCCAUCUAUGUCCCAUUCACCAAGUGCUGGCAUGGAAAACGCAUCGCAGAUGCCGUCCAAGCCGAAUUCACAAAGUGUGCUGCCGCAUGCAAGGCCAACAUGGCCUCUGGCGCUGAGCCAACCUGCAUCGUCGACCAGUGGGUUCAACACAUGAUGGAGUCCAAGAAGUACCGAGAAAGAAUCGAAGCUGGGGAGGUGGGAGUAGAGAAGCCGAGUAAUCUCAUUCGUGAAUUCACAAAUGAGGAGAUUGGCAAGACCCUGUUCACGUUUCUCUUUGCGUCUCAGGAUGCAUCCAGCAGUUCUACCACCUGGCUUUUCCAAGUUCUUGCCCAGAGACCCGAUGUCCUUGAUCGUCUCCGAGAAGAGAACCUUGCUGCGCGUGGUGGUGACAAGAACCGUCCGUUCGAGCUGCCCAUGAUGGAGUCGCUCACUUACACCAACGCGGUGGUAAAGGAGAUUUUGCGCCAUCGUCCACCAGUCAUCUUUGUGCCAUACCAAACCACCAAGCCAUUUCCAGUCACACCAAACUAUACCGUUCCAAAGGGUGCCAUGGUUAUCCCGUCCUGCUAUCCCGCUCUCCACGAUCCGGAGGCGUACCCGAACCCCGAUGUUUUCGACCCAGACCGGUGGAUCACCGGUGAUGCCGAGACGAAGACCAAGAACUGGCUCGUUUUCGGCUCUGGCGCACACGAUUGUCUUGCACGAACGUAUGUGCCACUUACGAUGGCAGCCAUGAUUGGCAAGGCUGCGUUGGAAGUGGAUUGGGUGCACCACGCUACGAGCCGUUCCGAGGAGAUUCGAGUUUUUGCCACGCUAUUCCCUAUGGACGAAUGCCCGCUUGUUUUUACUAGACGGUCAUAAAUGAAAUUGCUUUAUCAGGAAGACAUCCCGCCAGGAGGCGAAAAACAACAAUCAAGAAUCCACCUCAAAUAACGAGCGAGAUAAAUAUCUUUAAAAUAAAAAUAAAAUAAUUUAAUUUACUUAUUUGUUGAGGCAUCUUUGGGUGACUUGACAUUUAAUAAAGGGUGAUUUUUCUUAUCUUCAGGUAGAAAGUUAUCAAAUGGGUACCCAUGGGCACCUCGCAAUUCGGCUUGGGUACCCAUGGUCACAACUAACUAGAUCCACGAUAGACGAUGGGCCUUAGUCAGGAGAAGCAUCAUCAAUUAACCCAACUCAAGGUUGUGUCACUGAUGCGACCAGCCCGGGAUUUAUACCAGAGACCGGAGUGCAAGGACGACGGAUGCUUGAAAUGAAUAGACAGG